AUGGCUAACUCAACCUUGCACCGAGCUCCCCCUUUCCGUGCAGAGCACAUGGGUUCGCUCCUCCGCCCUCAAAAGCUCCUCGAUGUCCGGGCAGCGAUUCGGGACAAGAACCUGUCACCAGAAGAAGCUGGCCUCCCUGCUGUUGAGAAGGAGUCGAUUAGCCAAAUAGUCAAGGCUCAGCUCUCGUUGGGCUUCAAAGCCGUCAAUUCGGGCGAGUAUAACCGCACCCGCUUUUGGGGGUUGUUCUGGGAUGAACUCGAAGGCACAAUACGCUUACAGGAUGCCGAAGCGAGCAUGUUCCGCCUGUACCAUCCCGAUGUGGUAUCUUUGAUCGAGAAGGAUCGGAAGGUCAUGCCUGGGGAUAGUGUAAUUGCCGGAACCAAGAUCAGACAUGCCGGCACACAGUCCAAUCUCCAUGAGCUUCGCCUGGUCCAGGCUUUCGUUCCAAAGGAGGACUGGGGCAAUAUCAAGCUCACCAUGAUUACACCGUCGUGGUUCCAUAUGAGGUACAAACAAGGACGGGCAUACACGCCUGAGGCAUAUAAGAACGAUGCCGAGUACUUUAGCGACGUUGCCAAGGCAUAUUCAAGAGAACUCGAGGUUCUGUAUGAGGCCGGUCUGAGGAACGUCCAGUUCGAUGACCCGAACCUGGCAUACUUUUGCUCCAAGCAAUUCCGAGACGGGUGGGCCCAGGAUCCGGACAACAUCGGCUCUGUGGACGACCUUCUCGACGCCUACAUUAAGCUCUACAAUGACUCGAUAGCCAAAUGUCCGUCUGACAUGCACACGGGUGUCCAUUUGUGCCGUGGAAAUUUCAUCGGUGGUCGACAUUUCGCCGAGGGUGCGUACGACAUUAUUGCUAGCAAACUGUUCCAGAACCUCAAUGUCAACACCUUCUACCUGGAAUACGACACUGAACGUGCGGGUGGAUUCGAACCACUGAGACACUUGCCGCAGAACAAGAACGUGAUUAUCGGGUGUAUCAGUACCAAGUUGAGGCAACUGGAAGACAAGGAAGAGAUGAAGCAGCGGAUCUAUAAAGCGGCGGAUUUUGUCGCCGAGGGAUCGAACCAAUCGAGGGAAGAGGCCCUCAAGAGAAUCGGCAUCUCUCCCCAGUGCGGGUUCAGUACUCACGAGAGUGGAUAUCCUCUGAGUGAUGAGGACCAAGAGAAGAAGUUGAAGCUGAUCAGGCAGAUUGCGGACGAGAUCUGGGGCGAGCCCUGA